AUGGCCUCCAAGGUGCUCGAGCAGCUCAUCGCGCGCGGGCGCCGCGAGCGCAAGCCGACGGAGCAGCGCGAGGUCGCCUUCAACCUCGCCGAGGUGUCGACGAACCCCGAGUUCCACGUCAAGAUGGUCGAGAAGGGCGUCGUCCGGGCGCUCUUGCACCUCAUCCAAGAGUCGUCGGACGACCAGGGGCUGCGCUUCGCCUGCCUCUGCCUCGGCAACGUCUCGUCCUGCGUGGCCAUGCGCAUCCGCAUCGUCGAGGAGGGCGUCGUGCCGCCGCUCAUCGGCCUCCUCACCAAGGCGGACGGCGACGUCGUCGGCAAGCAGUAUGCGGCCAUGGCGGUCGGCAACCUCGCGGCCGAGCCGGAGAACCAAGAAGAGAUCGUCAAGCUGCACGCGAUCUCGGCGCUCGUCCAGCUCCUCGACCCGGACGCGCCGUCGCUCGGCGCGUAUAGCGCAUUUGCGCUCGCCAACCUCGCCAUCAACAACGAGUACCGGCCGCUCAUCGUCGAAGAGAGCGCAGUCCCCCGCCUCAUUGCGCUGGCCUGCUGCAAGGACCUCAGUGCGCAGCGACAGGCCAUGGCGGCGCUGCGGGGCAUCUGCAUCACGCCGUCGUACCGGCUCGUGGUCGUGAAAGAAGGGAUUCUCGACCCCCUCGUGCUCCUCGCGCGCUCGGACGAGCUCGACAUUGCGCGGGAAGUCGCCGCGGCCUUUUGCACGCUCUCGUGCAUGGAGGCCAACAAGAUGGAGAUCGCCGACCGCGCGCUCCUCACGAUCCUCGCCAUGAGCUUGUCCGGCGACGCGUCGGUCGAGCAGUUUGCCUGCUGCACGCUGGCCAACCUCCUCGAGAUGCCGGAAUUGCACAUGAAGCUCAUUCGCGAGAACGGUCUUGCGUCCCUCCUCGCCCUCGCCUCGAACGACGAGCCGAACACCAAGGCCGAGGCCUGCCGCGCGCUCGCCAACCUCAGCGCCAACGAAGAGAUGCACGAGCACCUCAUGCUGCAGGGGGUGCUGGACCCGGUCUCGAAGGCGCUCCGCUACGCCGCGCUGACGAUUGCCAACUUGAGCGUGAUCGGCCGCCACCAGAUUGCGAUCGUGAGCCUCGGGCUCGUGCGGCCGCUCAUCGCGCUCGCGCAGGCGUUCGAGAAGGAGCUCGAGGCGCGCCGGUACGCGGUCCUUGGCAUCGCCAACCUCGCGGCCAUGGUCGCCAACCACCCCGCGAUCCUCGAGGAAGGCGGGCUCCUCGCCCUCUUCUCGCUCUCGAGCUCGUCGGACGCGUUGAGCCAGUACUAUGUCGCGUACGCCCUCGCCAACCUCGCGUCCAACGACGCCAACCACACCCGCAUGAUCGAAGAAGGCGGGCUGCAGCCCAUCAUCACGCUCGCGUGCUCGGCCGACUCGGACGCGCACCAGCAAGCCGCGGCGGCUCUCCGCGGCCUGAGCGUGACGCCAGCCAACAAGAUCAAGAUCGUCCAGGAAGGCGGCUUGGAGCCCCUGGUCCGGCUCCUCGGCACCGACGACGACGUCGACGUCCUCCGCGAAGUGUGCGGCGCGCUCUGCAACCUCAGUGGGAGCGAGGAAACCAAGUAUGAGAUCGCAAAGAGUGGGUGCGUGCCGCCGCUGCUCGCGCACGCGCAGUCCGAGGACAUGCUCGUCGCGCGCCAGUGCAGUGGCACCUUGGCCAACCUCGCCGAGGUCGACGAGAACCAGGCGCUGAUUGCCGCCGAGCGCGGGAUCCCGCCCAUCAUUGCAUGCAUGCGGUCGCAGUUUGUCGAGGUGCAGCGCGAGGCCGGCCGGGCGCUCGCGAAUCUGUGCGCGCGCCACGCCAACCACGACGAGAUCCUUGCCGCUGGCGGCCACCAGUUGCUCAUCUCGUCGCUUCUGUCGCCCGACAUGGCCUGCCAACGCGUCGGCGCGCUCGGCCUGUGCAACCUCUCGACCAACCCGGACGAGCGCGUGACGCUCAUGACGUGUGGCGCCAUGGACCCGCUCAUGUCCCUCGCGCGCUCCGAAGACGUCGAGGUGGAGAUCCAGCGCUUUGCGAUCUUGGCGAUCGCUAACCUCGCGUCCUGCGUCGAGAACCAUAAGAUGAUGGUCCAGGAAGGCUCGAUCCCGUUGCUGAUUAGUCUCUCGAGCGCGCCGGACCAAGAAGUGCGCCAGUACGCAGCCUUUGCCCUCGUCAAAGUCGCGCUCAACGCCGACUUGCGCAAGAAAAUCACCGAGGAGGGCGGCUUGGAACCGGUGCUCUUCCUCGCGCGCACCGAAGACUCGGACAUCCACCGCGACGUGCUCCCCGCGCUCUGCACGCUCUCGUUUGCUGAUGCCAACAAGGCCGAAAUGUGCAAAAGCGGCGGCUUACCCCCUCUCAUUGCGUCGCUGAGCAGCACCGACGGCGCGACGCACCGCCAAGCGUGCUGCGCGCUCGCCAAUCUUAGCGAAAGCAUCGAGAACCAAGCGCGGAUCGUCAACAGCGGCGCGAUCGGCCCGCUCGUCGACGCACUCAUUGCCGGCACCGAGGUCAUCCAGCGCGAGGCGGCCCGCGCCGUUGGCAACCUCGCCGCCAACUGCGACUAUGGCGACGUGAUUCUUCAGCGCGGCGCCGUCUCGCCGCUGGUGACACUGUUGACGUCCGAGGUGGUCGAGUGCCAGCGCAUGGCCGCCAUGGCGCUCUCGAACCUCGCCACCAACGUCGAGAACCAAGGCCGCAUGCUCAAGCUCAAGAUUCUCGACCCUGUGAUGGCUCGCUUGGAGGAAGCCUUGGACCCGCGCUCGGUCGCAGACAACGAGACGAUCCGGUACUGCCUCCUCAUCGUCGCCAACCUGGCCGUGUCCCAGACCACCCACGCCGAAAUCAUGGCGCGCGGCCUGCACUUGGUCACGAGUUACGCCAAGCACCGUGACGUCAAGUGCCGGCAGUUUGCCGUCUUUGGCCUCGGCAACCUCUGCAGCAACCCGGACAACGUCGAGGCGAUCGUGGACGCCCAAGCGCUCAAGCCGCUCGUCUCGUUUGCAUUUCCUGGCGACACGAACGUCCAGUUCCAAGCCAUUGCGGCCCUCCGCGGCCUCUCGGUCAACCAAGACGUGCGCCAGCAGAUCAUGCGCCUCGGCGCGCUCGAGCCGCUCAUUUUGGCCGCGAGCUCCGAGUCCAUCGAGGUGCAGCGCGAGGUGGCCGCGACGCUCUGCAACCUCUCGAUCUGCGAAGAGAAUAAAGUCACGAUGGCCCGCGGUGGGUGUCUCCCACCGCUCAUUAGCCUCGCGCAGAGCGGCGAUCCAUCGCGCGAGCGGCACGCGAUCUGUGCGCUCGCCAACAUGGCCGAGAUGGUCGAGGGCCAUACGCAGCGCAAGAUGCUCGAGGAAGGCGUGCUCACGCCGCUGUAUGCGCUGACCAAUUCGCAUGACAUCGAGAUCCAGCAGCAGGUCGCGCGCUGCCUCGCGCUCUUCGCGUCGAAACCGUCGUCGCAGCCGACGCUAUUGCGGAGCAACGCGCUGCAGCACAUUGUGAGCUUUGUCAAGUCGCCCGACGCCCUGUCGCAGCGCUUUGGGACGCUGGCGAUCGGCAACCUUGCGGUCUCGGCCGCCAACCACAAAGACCUCUUCGACCAGGGCGCGAUUGCCGCCUUGUUGCAUCUCGAGACGUCGAGCGAUCCGGAAACGAGGCGGUGUCUUGCCUUUGCCAUCAACAACGUCGCGGGUAACGAAGCCAACUGGGCGCAGCUCGGCAAGAUGGGCAUUCUGCGCACGAUCAUUGGACUCAUGGGCGACGUCGACGAAGAGACGCACCUACAGGCCUGCUUUGCGGUGCGUCGGUUGGCGCUCGAGCCCAAGACGCGCGUCCAGAUCGUGCUGCACGGCGGCCUCAAGCCUCUCUUCUCGCUCACGCAAUCCGAGUCGACCGAAGUGCAGCGGGAGGCGACCGCUGCGAUUCGGAAUCUGAGUUUGAGCGAAGACAACAAGAUCGCGAUUGUGCUCAACGGUUUGCUGCCGCCGCUCGUGACGCUGGCGCACUCGGGCGACAUUGAGGUCUCGCACCAGGCGGCCGGCAUCCUCGCCAACCUCGCCGAAGUCGUCGAGAACCAAGGCCGCAUGGUCCAGGAAGGCGUCUUGCAGCACGUCAAGUUCAUUUUGCGCUCCAAGAACGUCGAUAUCCAGCGCGAGGCGGUGCGGUGCAUCGCCAACAUGUCGGCCGAGUACGCGUACACGGCCGAGAUUGCAUCCACGGGCGGCCUCGGCCCGCUGGUCGCGACGCUGAGCUCGCCAGACUUUCUCUGCCAACGCUAUGGCGCCAUGGGCCUCGCGAACCUCUCGACCAACGUCGAGAACGUGUCCAAGCUCAUCCAGGACGGCGCGAUCCACCCGCUCUCGGUGUUGGCCAAGCUCGGAAACGGCGACAUUGACAGCCAGCGCUACGCAGUCUACGCGCUCACCAACCUCGCGUCCGUUCAGACGACGCAUGGUCAGCUCAUCGACGCCGGCAUCAUCUCGCUCUUCACGUCGCUUUUGAACGAAGCCGACGCGAGCAUCCGCAACGCCGCUGCGUUUGGGAUCGCCAACUUUGCGGCCUUUCCUGAAAACCACGCGCUCUUGGUCGACGCCCCUCACUGCCUCUCGUCCUUGCUGCAGCUCGUGGCGUCGGGCGACGGCAAGAGCGUCCUGCGCGCCGUCUCGGCCCUCCGUGGGCUUUCCGUGGACGCGGCCGUGCGCGACCGCAUCGUUCAAAUGAGCGGUCUCCCGCCGCUCCUUGCGCUCACGCGGUCCAAGGACAUGGACGUGCAGCAGGAAGUGCUGGCGACGCUGUGCAACUUGAGCUUGAGCGGCUGCAUUGGCGCGUCGCCCGACCUCUUCCUCGACGCCUGCGACGUGCACGCGCUCAUUGCGUUCCUGUGCUCGGCCGACGCCACGUACCGCCUCUUUGGGGCGAUCACGCUCGGCAACAUUGCUCGCCGACCCAUGAUUGUCGAUGCGAAAGGCAUCCCACCGAUCAUCGCGCUCGCGUGCUCCGAGGACCCCGAGGACAAGAAGACGGCGAUCGCAGCACUGCGAGGCCUCAGCAGCGCCCGCGAGAGCCGCGUCAAGAUCGUACGCGACGGCGGCCUCGAGCCCCUCGUGCUGGGCGCGACGUCCAGCGACCACUUUGUGCGCCGCGAGGUGGCGGUCGCUGCCUACAACCUGUCGCUGGACGAGUCGAACAAGGUGUCGAUCGCCAACUCGGCGCUCUUGCCGCUGCUCAUCCAGCUCGUGGGCUCGCCCGACACGGACAUGGACGCCACGACGCACAUGCCCUUCCACUUGAUUGCGACCUAUGCCUGCGCGACGCUGGCGACACUGGCCCAAGACGUCUCAACGCACGAUCGCAUUUUGCGCGACCGCGGCGGCGCCUUCCUCGUCGACCUCCAAAGCGUCGACGAUCCGUUCGUGCUCUCCGAGGCGCUCAAAUGCGUGUGCAACUUGGCGUGCAACUACGCCACGCACGCGCGCCUCCUCGAGGACCUCUGCCACGACCUCCUCCUCCACGCGCUGCGCCCUGAGCACAAUGAGACGAUCCGCACCUUUGGCGCCAUCGGGCUCGGCAACCUCCUCGCCAACCCGCUCACGCACGACAUCGUCCUGCGCAAAGACGUUGUGAGAGCCCUCGGGCGCCUCGUGGCCGAUGCCGCCGCGCCCGAGCCGCAGCGCUACGCGGUCUUGGCGCUCGGAAGCAUCCUCGGCAACAGCACGUUCCACGACAAGUGCCUCGAAGCUGGCAUCUUGUCGCCGCUCGUGCAGGCGCUGAGCCAUUUGUGCACGCUCGAGACGCGCUUCUACGCGACGUUUGCGCUCGGGAAGCUCGCGAUGAACGCGACGCACCAGCGACCCAUCGCGCGGACCGACCCGGCGGUCGACGCCACGCUCGCGUUGGUGACACAAGGCGAGAGCAUCCACGCCCAGUGCCAAGCCGUGUCGGUGCUACGACGUUUGGCCGUCGACGACGUCAUCCGCGCCGAGGCCAUGUCGAUCGCGCGGACGCCGAGCUUGCUUCCCGCGCUCGUCGUCGCCGCCAGUGCGGCUUUCCAUGCCGCGUACAUUGAAUUAGAUCGUGAGCUCGCGGCGCUCGCGUGCAACUGGACGCUCAGCGACGCGCACAAGCUGCCGACGGCGACGUCGCCGCUGCUCUCGCAUCUCUUUCGCCUCAGUGCUUCGGGCGACAUUGAGGUCGCGCGGAAUGCCUGCGGCGCGCUCGCCAACAUGGCCGAGGAGCCGGAGACGCACGUGAGCAUGCUGGAGCUCCACGCGAUGCCCAACUGCGUCCGUCUCCUCCGCAGUCGCUACGUCAGCGUGUACCGCGAAGGCAGUCGGUUUGCCGCCAACUUGCUCUCAUCGGCCGACGUGCACGCGCUCUUUCUGCACGAGGAGGGACUUCCGGGGCUCAUCCGCGUCGCCAAAGCCGACGACGUCGAGUGUCAGUACAACGUCGCGCUGAGUUUGCACAAGUUGUCGAUGCAAAGCGAAAAUCACGCUACGAUGCUCCAGACCGGGUGUCUCCCGUGCCUCUUCCGCCUCCUCGGCGCGCCGGGACUGGCGGUGCAGCGCCAAGCCGCCGCGGCCCUCAAAGCGCUCUGCGCCAACGCAGACAACAAGCCCUUCAUCGCCGAGAACGGAGGGAUUCCCGCGAUCAUUUCGCUCCUGCGCGCGCAAGACGUCGAGUUGCAGACAAUGGCCGCCGGUGCGCUCCGGCAUCUCUCGCUGCAUUUGCCUGUCAAGACGCAGUUUGUCGCCGAGAGCGGCCUUCCCCCGCUCUUCGAAGCGUGCAAGAUCACGCACGACGAUCUGCAGCUCCA